CAGCUGGAUACAUGGAGAGAGGGGAAGAGGCUCGCCAGCCUGCUGGUAGCUGGAGAGAGAGGGAGGAGAUGGAGAGAGUCAGUGGAAGAAUGAUGACUGAGCCGGAAGAAGCUGUGGAGGGGGAGGUGGGGGGACUGGGGAGUGGGGAGGAAGAAGAAGAGAGUGAGAGUUCCAGAGGUGGUGGCGAGAGAGAAGAAGAGGAGGAGGAAGAAGAAGGGAGGACAGAGAGUCCUCCUGAUAGUGAGGCACACGAAGUGGUCGAGGAGGAGGAGGAAGAUGAGAGGAGGUUGGAGGAUAUAAUGGAGGAGGGAGAGGAAGGCGAGAGAGAUACACAUGUGGAUCAGGGAGACAGUGGUGAUGGUGCAGAAGAGGAGGGAGAGCUGGAACCAGUCACAGUUCAAGACAACUACAACCUUGUCCUCUAUGAGAUCCAGAGCCAUGGAGGUCAGGAUUCACUCCGUCGGGCAAAGGUACGAGAGGGAGACAUGGGGAUGCCUCACAUCGGAGCCUUCGGCAGUGAGCCAGCCAGUGAUCUUCUCAACAGAGCCAGCGAGUAAGCCCCUGUCAAUAAUACAAGUGGAGCCCUCUAAUCCGGAAAGGCCAAUAGAGGAGCCGUCAAUGCUCGGAAUGCAGACACGAGAGUCGUUUAUGGAAUGGAACGAAGACUACGAUGUCGACAGUCUGGAGCGUUGUCGUCGUGGAAACGUGGGUCCUUCCAAGAACCCGAUCAUUGUUGAGAUUGUGAAGAAUGCUCCUCAGCUGGGUCUCACGAUCACUGGAGGUGUGGACACUCCAUCGCCAGGGGUGAUUAUCACCCACGUGAAAGAGGGCGGGGCUGCUGGAAAUGACGGAUUCCUACAGGCGGGGUUUGAGAUAGUUCAGGUGGACGGGGUCCGUGUCCGAGGACUCACUCACGAUGCAGCUGCUCAGGCUUUGGCCCGAGCCUUUCGCUCCGAGAGACCCACCAUCGAACUCAUCGUCAUCCCAACUUCUUAACCCCUUUGUUCCCACCUGAUUAACCCCCUUUGUUCCUGAGUACUUUUAACCCUCCACACACCAUUGUAUUUGGCCAGUUCUGUACAUAACUUCACUCUAUUACUUUUCGCAUCAUAU